ACCGCCUCCAAAACUCACACACGCAGAGCGUCAAUGGCUCAUUGCUCUUCGCUCCUCAACCUCUUUCGUCGUCCCAAAGAAUCAAGGAACAACACCACCAAUCAAUGAUGCUCUCCCCUGUCCAUUCCCGACGCCACUCUCUUCUCUCUCCUCACUCUCUCCUCCUCCUCCGAAUCCAAUCUUUCCUCACCUCCCACUCUCACCCAUCUUCUUCUACACAACCCUCCAAACCCAGGUCCUAUUUCCAACCAAAAUCACCACCCAUCUCCAUUCCUCACCUCAACCCACUCCACAACCCCAAAGCCCCGCCCGACUCUCCCAGCUUCGACCAAACCGCAGUCCUCCAAACCCUCUCGUGCUACGCCAACGACUGGAAGCGAGCCCUCGAGUUCUUCACCUGGGUUUCCACCAGCUGCGGGUUCCGCCACACCACCGAAAGCUACAACCGGAUGAUCGACGUCCUCGGUAAGUUCUUCGAAUUCGACCUCGCCUGGAAUUUAAUUGUUCAAAUGGGAAAGAGUGCAGAUUCGAUGCCGAACCAUGUCACGUUUAGAAUACUUUUCAAACGCUAUGUGUCGGCACACCUUGUUAACGAGGCAGUAAGUGGCUAUCAUAAGGCUCACGAAUUUGGUUUGAAGGAUGAGGUUUCGUUUUUGAAUUUGAUUGAUGCGUUGUGCGAGUAUAAGCAUGUAAUUGAAGCUGAAGAAAUGUGCUUUGGGAAGAAUGCUAAUGUUGGGUUGUGUUUGUGUGUGGAUACGAAGAUUUAUAAUAUGAUUCUUCGCGGGUGGUUCAAGAUGGGGUGGUGGAGUAAGUGUAGGGAGUUUUGGGAAGAAAUGGAUCGGAGGGGUGUCAAGAAAGAUUUAUAUUCAUACUCGAUAUAUAUGGAUAUACAGUGCAAGAGUGGGAAGCCAUGGAAGGUUGUGAAAUUGUAUAAGGAGAUGAAGGAGAAGGGGAUUAGAUUGGAUGUGGUGGUGUAUAAUACGAUUGUUAACGCAAUGGGUCGAUCAGACGGUGUUGAAUUUGCGUUGAGGCUUUAUCGGGAAAUGAUGGAAUCAGGUUGUGAACCAAAUGUUGUGACUUACAAUACUAUCAUAAAGCUUUUGUGUGAAAAUGGGAGGGUUAGGGAAGCAUACAAGGUGCUUGAUCAAAUGCAGGUGAAGGGUUGUGCUCCGAAUGUUAUAACUUACCAUUCUGUUUUCGGGUACCUUGAAAAGCCCAGGGAGAUUCUUAGGUUGUUUGACAGGAUGACGGGUAGUGGAGUUCGUCCGAGGAUGGACACUUACGUGAUGCUUAUGAGGAAAUUUGGGAGAUGGGGCUUUCUUCGACCGGUAUUCGUUGUGUGGAAGAAAAUGGAAGAGCAUGGGUUGAGUCCUGAUGAGCAUGCUUACAAUGCGCUGAUUGAUGCUUUGGUGCAGAAGGGAAUGAUUGAUAUGGCUCGGGAGUACGAUCAAGAGAUGCUGGAAAAAGGGCUUUCGGCUAAACCAAGGGCAGAUUUGGGGACAAAGCUAGUGAGUGGAGGAUCUGAAAAUGGUUGAUGCUGUCAUGCCGGUGGUUUAUCAAAGGUUGGCACUUUCACAAUGCAUAGUUCGUAGAUUGGGAUAGUGGGGUGAGCUUGCCAGGAUUUGGUUGUUGGGAUGGGAAUCAAGCAAGAGUGGCUCAGAAGUAUGAUGAAGAAAAUUUAGUCAGAGUGGUGUUUUUGUCCAUCUCAAUGUUAAAUUUGCAGUUUAUGCUGUAUGGUUUUGAAAAAUGGAAGGGGUAGGGGCUCAAUUUAAGCUGAAGAAGUUUGGUUCUACCCUCAGAAGUUAAGAUUUUAGAGUUGGCUUCUGGUUGGAGAGACCAAAAUUUGAUGCAAAUAUGCUGAGACAAGUUCGUUCUCACUGCUGGUAAGAAUUCUAAAUUCCCGACCUUUUUCUCAUCCCAUUUAUGGUAAGUCUCUGGUUCAUUUGUACCGUGGUACAGUUUGAAUUAUUAAAUAUUCUUAAUAAACUGAUCAGAGAAAAUUUCAUGCUAUCAGUAGGAUUGGGAUUAUCUACAUAAAUUUGAUCGAAAUCCGAAAUUGGGGAAAACGAGAGGUCUGGCUGAAUUUGAUUGAUGCAACUAAAAAUUGGUGGUGGGUUUUCGACUUCCUUACACCUAAUUUGAAGUUCCAGGUUGCAAAAUUGGGGUUCGGAUGGGUGCAGAGAUGAAACCCUUUUUUUUGGCUCUUUUUAUCUCUCUCUAUAAAUUCUUAGUCGAAUUGGAUCCUUUUCUCUCUCUCUCUCUGAUUUCUGGAAUGUGGUAUGAAGGUGGGUGUGGGUGUGUGAACAAUUUGGAGUGAGGGGGGAAUGAGGCAGUAGCUGGAUUGUGGUCAAAAUUUUCAUUUUUUCCUUGAGCAUUUUGCACGUAUUGAACUGGAAAAAUUCUUAGAUGGUUCUGCCAUAUAUGAUGAAAUCAUUAUUUUUCUCUCUUUUGAAAUACAUACUAUAUAGCACGGGUGUAUUAAUGGUGAGAGACUCGACAUAUAAACAUGAAACUACAUUCAUGAGGCAUUUAUGUAGUGAGGAAGGUCCCGUAACACCUAAUAAAGCUCUUCUGAAGUGUUCCAUUUAUGCUCUCAUAAAGGCCUUAUUCUCUAAACUCCACCAUCAUUCAAUAAACAAAAACUGUCACUCCCCAAAAGAAACUUGUCCUAAAACAACACCAUCUCCCCUCUCCUCAACCCACUAUGACCUCCACCUCCAACUCAAGUUUUGAUGAGGAUCGAUGGAUCAUUCAUAUGCGGCGAACCCUAGAUGAAGAGCUAGAAGAGGACACCGAAAUCCCCGUCAGCAUUUUCAGUGUCCCUAAAAGCCUCUUAGCCAGUGAUCCUGAUUCUUAUGUACCACAACAAGUGGCAUUAGGCCCUUACCAUCACUGGCGCCCUGAGCUCUAUGAAAUGGAGAGAUACAAACUUGCUGCGGCAAAAAGGACCCAGAAACAUUUCCAAACCAUCAAGUUCCAUCAUCUCGUUGAUCAGUUAGUAAAGCUUGAGUCAAGGAUUCGAGCUUGUUAUCACAAGUACCUUGAUUUCAAUGGCGAAACCAUGGCGUGGAUGAUGGCCGUUGAUGCAUCCUUUUUGCUCGAGUUUCUUCAGAUUUACACGAUCAAAGAAGGUAAGAUUCUGACAAGAGUUUCUUCAAGAAUGUCGCAUUUGGUAGAUGUUGCAGGGAGAAAAUCAGCACAUAAUGCCAUUCUUAGAGACAUGGUGAUGCUGGAAAAUCAAAUUCCUUUGUUUCUACAGCGAAAGAUGUUGGAAUUCCAAUUCUCCUCGUUGGAAUUAGCUGAUGCAAUGUUGCUUUCCAUGUUAAUGGCACUGUGUAAAGAGCUUUCUCCGUUUAAGAUGAUGGAAGAAUUCCCAAAUAUUCAAGUGCCAGAGUGUACCCACUUGCUGGACUUCUUGUACUGCAUGAUCGUGCCCAAAUCAGAAGAAAAAUCAGAAGAAAUUUCCGAGAUUACUGAAGUUGAUGACCAAAGUGAAGGUGCGGAAAACAAAGAAACAUCUUUUGCUGCAGAAUCAAGUAAUGUGGAAAAAUUCCUUUAUGAAGUUUGGAAGCUCGUCACAAAAUUGAACAGAGGUCCGGUACGUACUAUCAAAAGGCUAAUAUUGUCUAGACCGGUUAAAGUUGUAUUGAAAUUGCCUUGGACAAUAAUUUCCAGCCUUCCUGGAUUUAAGCUCUUGAAACAACCUGUUGACUCUUUCUUCUUUUCAGAAGAAAAAGAAGAAAUUAAUCCUGGAAAUGUGAAGUCCCACUCAAAUGAUAACUUGAUUAGCAAACCUCCACUAGUAGAGGAAAUCACAAUCCCUUCCGUCACUGAGCUAUCAAAAGCCGGUGUACGUUUCUUAUCCACAAAUGGUAGCAUCUUGACUGUUAGUUUUGAUGUUACAACAGCCACAAUGUGGCUCCCUACCGUUAGCUUAGAUGUGAACACAGAAGUUAUCCUGAGAAACUUAGUAGCAUACGAAGCUUGCAAUGCAUCAGGGCCAUUGGUUUUUACUCGUUACACAGAACUAAUGAAUGGGAUCAUCGACACUAACGAAGACGCAAAACUGCUAAGAGAGAAAGGGAUCAUUCUGAAUCGUUUGAAGAGCGAUCAAGAGGUAGCUAAUCUCUGGAAUGGGAUGAGCAAAUCUGUUAGAUUGACCAAAGUGCCCUUCUUAGAUAAAGUGAUUCAAGAUGUGAACAAGUAUUACAAUGGUAGGUGGAAGAUUAAGAUUUUGAAGUUCAUCAAGUUGUAUGUGUUUAGCUCAUGGAAGUUUCUAACUUUGCUGGCUGCCAUUCUGCUCUUGUUUUUGACGACUCUGCAGGCGUUUUGCUCAGUGUAUAGAUGUGUUCGAUUGAUUCGUAUCAACCGAACCUUGUGAUUUUUCUAUUGAACUACUUUUUUAAUCUUUUCAGGAGGUGGGAUUGUAAUAAUUUUUGAGGUUGGCCAUUGGUGUAAUUGCCUUUUGCUAUGUUGUGCUUUGUUGCUGAUCAACUACUUGAAUGCCUUUUCAGAAUGA